GGACGUUCUCUCUCAUUUUUGAGGUUGUGUCGUCCGAAACAGUUUUGAUCACGCUGACGGUUUGUGUUAUAAGACUUUUUCACUAUCAGAAAUGGCUGAGGCGAUGCGUCAAACUGUAGCUGCGAUGCUCAAAGGCAUCGAAAGGUACAACCCGGAAAACCUCACGACUUUAGAAAAGUAUGUGGAGAUACAAUCGAGAGAGAAUGCUUACGAUUUGGAGGCAAAUUUGGCUGUGCUAAAACUUUACCAAUUAAAUCCAGCACGAUUCAACAUGGAUAUCGCGUGUCAGAUACUGCUCAAGGCGUUGACCAACCUGCCACACACUGACUUUGUACUGUGCAAGUGCUUGCUCAGCGAGAAACUUAUGUCGGAUAGUCCAAUUAAUCAAAUCAUGUAUUUGGGAGAUAUUUUGGAACGAUGCGAUUUCCAACAUUUUUGGGAUAGAGUGUUAUCCAUGGCAGAGCUGUGUGAAAGGAUCGUAGGUUUCCAGGAUUCAAUAAGAAAGUUUGUGUGUCACGUAGUAGGGAUUACGUUUCAAACGAUAAGCAGACAACUCUUGGCACAAUUGCUUGGUGAUGUGGAUGAUGCAACAUUGAAACAUUGGGUCAAGAAAUAUGGUUGGAAAGAAGAGAAUAAAUCGAUCAUCUUUGUUGCAAAUCAAGAUGAGAACAUCAAAACUAAAAAUAUUACUGAAAAGAUUGACUUUGAGAAUGUGGCAGGUUUAAUGGCCGCUUGUCUGUAAUGAUAUAAGUAAAUAUCUUUUAACAAAAUAUAAAAUUAUCAAUAUUAAUCAAUUUAUUAAAAAAUAUUUCAUUUAUUAAUUACUCUAUUAAAAAUAUUUUUUAACAAAUUGAUUGUGUCUAUUUCUGCCAAUUUUUGAACAUUUUUUUUAAACAAAUAAAAACUGUAUAUGAUAAUAAU